GUUUUUUGUUUCUUGCAGAUCAAUGAGUUGAGUCACGUGCAGAUUCCAGUAAUGUUGAUGCCGGAUGACUUCAAAGCCUAUAGCAAAAUAAAGAUGGACAACCAUCUUUUCAAUAAGGAGAACAUGCCCAGUCACUUUAAGUUUAAGGAGUACUGCCCUAUGGUCUUCCGAAAUCUUAGAGAGAGGUUUGGAAUUGACGAUCAGGAUUUCCAGAAUUCAGUGACACGGAGUGCUCCUUUUUCAAAUGACUCUCAGGGUCGAAGUGGGGCUCGAUUCCACACCACCUAUGACAGAAGAUAUGUGGUCAAAACUAUUUCCAGUGAGGAUGUGGCGGAAAUGCAUAAUGUGCUGAAGAAGUACCAUCAGUAUAUUGUGGAAUGCCAUGGAAACACCCUCAUACCACAAUUCCUGGGAAUGUACAGACUGACAGUGGAUGGGGUUGAAACCUACAUGAUUGUGACGAGGAAUGUCUUUGGCCAUCGACUAUCUGUUUACAGGAAGUACGAUUUAAAGGGUUCCACAGUGGCCAGAGAAGCUAGUGACAAAGAAAAGGCCAAGGAGCUACCAACGUUGAAGGAUAAUGAUUUCAUUAAUAACGGCCAAAAAAUCUACAUCGACGAAAACAAUAAAAAGAUGUUCCAAGAAAAGCUCAGGAAGGAUGUUGAGUUCCUUGCUCAGCUCAAGAUCAUGGACUACAGUCUUCUGGUGGGUAUUCACGACGUUGAGAGAGCGGAACAAGAAGAAAUAGAAUUUGAGGAAAAUGAUGAAGAAGAAGGAGAAAGUGAUGGAGCUGGAGCCCACACUACUGGUUCUUGUGGAACUCCUCCUGACAGCCCUGGAAAUAUACUGAACAGCUCAAGGCCGUUAGCACCCGGCGAAUUUGACCCAACUAUUGAUGUUUAUGCCAUAAAAAGCCAUGAAAACUCCCCAAGGAAGGAGGUGUACUUUAUGGGAAUUAUUGACAUUCUGACACAUUAUGAUGCAAAGAAGAAAGCUGCACAUGCUGCCAAAACAGUCAAACAUGGAGCUGGUGCAGAGAUCUCCACAGUCAACCCAGAGCAGUACUCGAAGCGCUUCUUGGAUUUUAUUGCUAGUAUCUUGACAUAGCCUAUCAAGUGUAAUGUGGGGACACAUGCGGGAAAGGGGGAUGGGAGGGGUGAUGAAGACGUGGGACAGAAAUGGGGCUCAAUGAAAAAAUGGCAUCUGCAGUGUUCGUCUUGCUGAAAGCGUUCCCUUGUUUACAUCUUCCGGAUAAGAUGACUGAUGGAAAAUAGCUUUAACUGCUUCCUGAAACUCCCAGCACAGUACUUGCUAUUAAUGACUUUAUUUUUACCAAAAAAAAGGAAAAAAAUUUUAAAUCUGCUCAGAGUGCACUGCUUUCACAACACUCCCAAGACUGGAUGUGAUGGAACUUUAUGGGAAGAGGUACUCACAAAACGGGAAGAAAAUGCAUGCUAAUUGACGCAAGCAAUUACUGGUAUCAAACUAUAAACUGUGGAUCGGUUUAUCACUUGAACUGAAAGAGGCAGAGCAGUAUUCGUUUAACUUGUUAUUGUUACACUUUCAUUGUGCAUGCUGGCACUCCUAAGGUAGCUAUAUACGGUAUAUUGUUUGUUCAAAGGGAGUCCUGCCAUAAUAAAACGUUCAAAGUAUUGUAAAUUUAUGUCAAAGUCAAUUUGUCUUAAAUCACCACUUUGGGCAGCUUAUACUAAUUGUAUGUUUCAGAAAAAAAAGUUCUUGGAUGGGAUGCAAAUAAGAAAUCAAAACAUUUUGCUCACUGCUAUUAACAGUAGUUGGAUGAUUUGAAGUUCUUAUAAACUGAAUGGCCACAGUACAGAAAAGAUACGCUUUAAGUGCUAGGAUUUGCCUUAUGAUUAUUUAGCAUUGUUUCGGGCAACACUUUACUACAUUUCUAGCAUUCUUUCCCUUUUUAAAACAAAAAAAUAGGGUACAUGCUAAAGGCUUUAACAUCAUGAAUAUCACGAUCAUCACAUUGGAUUUCACUGUAAUUGUUUGAACGCAGUGAUAGAAUGUGAAGCUCCAUUUUUAAACCGUUCAGUUUAUCCUUGAAUUAGCAGAUUGAUUUUUUUUGUUUGUUUCAUAUCUUAACUUAAACUUAACCCGUUGUUAGAAAAGCAAAAUUAUUUUCCUUCCUAUGCUAAUAGUUCAUAACUUGCAAUGGUCGGAGACUUUGUUUGGGGUCAAAGCAUAGCUAGUUAAUUCAUGUUAACAUGGCUUCCAAUAAAUUCUCUGCAAUGGCAAAUGUUCUAAGGCGGCCUUGGCAUCUAAUUAAAUUUGAUGUGAAUUGCUCCUUCCAUCGCUCAUCUCAUUUUCAUAUACAGUACCAACCAUUUAAGAUUUAGGAGCACGCUAGUCAUAUUUCAGAAUUCACUUGGUUGCCUUUCUGUUUGAGUUUUGUAGCCGUAAUGUAAAUUGUAAUAAAUGGUUGCCUGAAACUGUGGCCAUCCUCGUUACCUGUUGAUGCUUUUAAAUAAAUAGGGAUUGAUCGAGUUAUGUUAAUUUCUGUACUACCGUCACCAUCUCAAUUGUGUAGAUUAUGCCAUGCUACAGGAAGCUAACCUUGCUUAAUAUCUUCAAAGUACACAUUGUUCAACAGUUGUGCCUUUUCCCUGGUUAAAUCAUUGAAGUUACUGUUACUACUAUUAUAUCAAUUUCAUCACCUACAAUUAUUAAACUGUGCUCUCCCUUGACUUAUGGGUGUCUGAGCAAACAAGGAGUGUCAGAAUGCCUUUCCUAGUAAAAAUGUAUCCAUGCUGUUUGAACAACAAACUUGUAAGCGCUUCACAUUAGGUAGCAGUUACCUAGAUCGCACUUGGAUUCCAGUGAAUUUCAGCAUCUCCAGUGGCCAAAGGCAGUGGUAUCCCUGUGGCUAUGUAAUAAUUUAACAUUGGUUUUGUUACUCUUGGUAUAGUGAUGUUAACACUGUAAUGUAAAUGUACAGUUAUAUAUUUUAUGUAUUUAAAAAAUUUAAUUUUUUCCAUAAUCGUUGUGCCGGUCACUUUCAUUUCAAAUAUUCUGUAGGAUGCUGUGGUUUCCAUUAAUAAUGGAACUACAGGAAGCAAGCCCUAUGUGGGAGAAAGAGGUACACUUAAAACAAAAUUUAUUUUGGCAACAUUUUCCCUCUGUGGCUCAUGUGUAUUUUAAAUGCUUUAGUAGCUUAAAAUAUGACGCACAUUGUUUUGUCUGCAGCAGUCUUUAUUGGUCAUUCACGUAAGGUGAAGUGUUCUUUUGUUUAAAUUGAGGCAACGUCAUGCAAUAUGUACUAGUGCUGCAAAUUACACACUCCAUAAUAAACUUUGCUUUAUCAAAUAAAGCACUUUGUUGUCUCAAAA